AAAUCACCAAACCUCUGCCCUUCCACCAAAUCUCUCUGGACGCUCUGGAGGAGAACGACAGCAUCGACCACGACCUGCAGAGCUACAUCCUUCAGCGCAUCCACAGCAGCGCAGAGAUCCAGAACAACAUCUCCCUCAACGGCAAGAUGGACAACACCAGCUUCGGCAAGCUCAGCUCCCACCUCAAGGCCCUCAGCCAGGGCUCCUUGCUCUACCUGAAGCUCACCUUUGACCUGAUCGAGCGCGGCUAUCUGGUGCUCAAGAGCUCCAACUACAAGGUGGUGCCGGUCAGUCUAGCCGAGGUCUACCUCCUGCAGUGUAACAUGCGCUUCCCCACGCAAUCGUCCUUCGACAGAGCCCUGCCGCUGCUCAACGUGGCCCUGGCUUCGCUGCAUCCGCUCACCGAUGAGCAGAUCUACCAGGCCAUCAACAGCGGCUCGGUGAAGGGAACGCUGGAGUGGGACGACUUCCAGCAGAGGAUGGAGAACCUGUCGGUGUUCCUGGUCAGGAGACGGGAUGGGACUCGCAUGUUUGUGCACCCGUCCUUCAGAGAGUGGCUCAUAUGGAGAGAAGAGGGAGAGAAGACCAAGUUCCUCUGCGAUCUCAGGAACGGCCAUACGCUUCUGGCUUUCUGGUUCUCCAGACAAGAAAACAAACUAAACAGACAGCAGACAAUUGAGUUGGGUCACCAUAUCCUGAAAGCACGCAUAUUCAAGGGACUGAGUAAGAAGGUUGGAGUUUCUUCAUCAGUCCUGCAGGGGCUGUGGGUGUCAUACAGCACAGAGAGUUUAUCCACAGCUCUGUCAUCGCUCAGAAACCUUUACACACCCAACAUAAAGGUGUCCCGGCUGCUGGUUCUGGGCGGCGCUAAUGUGAAUUACCGUACGGAGGUGUUAAACAACGCUCCGGUGCUGUGUGUGCAUGCUCACCUGGGCUACUCCGAGAUGGUGCACCUGCUGCUGGAGAACGGCGUCAGUGUGGACUCUGCAUCUGAGAGCGGCCUCACUCCGCUGGGCUACGCCUCCGCCGCCGGACACCUGGGCAUCGUCACUGCCCUGUGCAAGAGGAGAGCCAAGCUCGACCACCUGGACAAGCUUGGUCAGUGUGCUCUAGUGCAUGCUGCUCUCAGAGGACAUCUGGAGGUGAUGAAGUUCCUCAUUCAGAGCGACUGGGGCCCCUCACCUGCAGAGUCACAGGCCACGCCCUCUCCUACACAAGCCACGCCCCCGGAGUCACAGCCCUCCAGCCCCGAGCGACAGGAGGAACCGCAGGAGCCCAAGCAGAAGCAGGAGCCUCCAGAGGAGUCCAAACCGCAGACACAAGCAGACACUCAGACGUCUCCAAAGCCUGCCACCUUCAGCAAGAGCGUGGCAGUGCAACAGGCCUUUACAGCAGCAGUCAGCAUGGGUUACACUGAGGUUGUGUCUUAUCUCUUGGACUUGCCGGAGAGGGAUGAAGAGGACAGUCAGCGCGCUCAGAUUAACAGCUAUGACACUCUGUGGGGGGAGACAGCGCUGUGUGCCGCAGCAGGCCGAGGGAAGCUGGAGGUCUGUCAGAUGCUGCUGGAGCAGGGCUCUUCCGUGGCUCAGCCCAACCGGAGAGGAGUGCUGCCGCUCUUCAGCUCUGUGCGUCAGGGCCACUGGCAGACUGUGGCUCUGUUGGUGUCGCACGGAGCAGACGUGAACCUGGCUGAUAAACACGGCCGUACUGCGCUCAUGAUGGCAGCUUCAGAGGGACACCUGCACACGGUGGAGUUCCUCGAGGCUCAGGGUGCGUCUGUGGAUCUGAUGGAUAAGGAGGGUCUGACGGCGCUCAGCUGGGGGUGUUUGAAAGGACAUCUGUCUGUGGUUCGCUGUUUGGUGGAAAGAGGAGCUGCGACGGACCACGCAGAUAAAAACGGACGAACGCCUCUCGAUCUGGCCGCCUUCUAUGGAGACUCUGACGUGGUGCAGUUCCUGGUGGAUCAUGGGGCUUUGAUCGAGCAUGUGGACUACAGUGGGAUGCGUCCUCUGGAGCGCGCUGUCGGCUGCAGAAACACGUCUGUGGUGCUCACCCUGCUGAAGAAAGGAGCCAAAAUCGGUCCUGCUACCUGGGCCAUGGCGACAUCGAAACCUGACAUCAUGAUUAUCCUACUGAGUAAACUUUUAGAGGAAGGAGAUGGCUUCUACAAGAAGGGUAAAGUGAAGGAGGCAGCUCAGCGCUACCAGUAUGCUCUGAAGAAAUUUCCCCGAGAAGGAUUAAGUGAGGACCUGAAGACUUUUAAGGAGCUCAAAGUGUCUUUGUUUCUGAACUUGUCUCGCUGUCGGAGGAAAAUGAAUGACUUUGGUAUGGCGGAAGAGUUUGCUACCAAGGCUCUGGAACUGAUGCAUAAGUCUUACGAGGCAUUCUAUGCUAGAGCCCGUGCCAAGCGUAGCAGCAGGCAAUUCGCCGAAGCACUAGAUGACCUGAGGGAAGCCAUAAAUCUGUGUCCCAACAAUCGUGAAAUCCAGCGCCUUCUUCAGCGCGUGGACGAGGAGUACAGGCAAGUUACCCAAUCAGAGGAGCCAGAGCUUGAGCCUCCUCCAUCCCCACCACCAUCUCCCUCACCGGUGGAGGAAGAUGAGGAGCCCCCUCAUCAUACCCCUCCUCCUGAGCCAAGACUGGAUGACAUGGAGCCCGUCCAAGACUUGUUUGAGGAUGACGACUUCCUGGAACAAGAGCUAGAGGCCGUGUCCAUUGGUUUUGCUUCUGACAUUCGCUCGAACGCUUCGAGCCUUGCCAUUAUAUGCAGUCCACCCCUUUCUCCACCCCAUCAUGACACUGGCUACCUAUCUGGAGGGCAUGCCUUCGAGUUCCACCCAAGCUCCUCCUCCAUGUCAUCUCCUACCCAUCAUAGUUACCAGUCCACCUCUCCAUGUAUCUCUCCAACACAUCAGAACUCCCACUACCGCCAGAGUCCACCACACACCUCUCCAGCCCAUCAGUCCUCCUACCGCUUCAGCCCUCCACCCAUUGGCAGUGGAGGGAACCAGGGGAUGGACUACCAGAGUCCUCCGCCAUCUCCUCUUAGGCGUGGGGUUCCGUUCAGAGGUAGCCCUCCAAUGGAGAGCGUGUGUCUGUAUCGUUCCCAGUCUGGCUCACCAGUCCGCUACCAGCAGGAUCCUCUACCUAGCCGCCCUAAAUCGCCACUGUUGAAGAUGAGCAGCCAGCGGUCCUUCCAACUCCAGUCGCAACCUUCCCAGAGCUCUCAGACCAGCCAGCACCACCAGGUUCAGGGUCUGCGCCUGCAGCCCUCAAUGGCACAAAUCGUCCGCACUAACCAGCCCAGUAACAGCAUGUACAGCCAGUUGGCGCAUCCGCUUAGCAGUAGGUACCAAGGUAGCUCCAUGGAUGUGGACAGGGACAGAGAUCGAGAGCCGAGGCUGGUGUACCAACCCUCGCUCGAUGGCCGGUCAAUGUCUCAAGUGCAAUCCAGCCUCAGUGUGGGAGCUCUCUGUCAGCAUGGGAGCCGAGGUGGGCCUGCUGGGGUUCUGGAGUCAAACUUGGGGAAAGAUGAGAUCCCUCAGCGACCCGCUUCGGCGUACCGCUCAGCUACAGGGGGACCCGGAGGCAUGCGCUUCAGCCAAACACCCCAGAUAAGCCGCAGUCAGUCAGCGGCAUACUAUCCAGUCUCCAAGCAUGAACUCGAGAGAGCGGUGGCGGCUUCUGCUCUGCCACCGUGCCAGCUGGGCUCUCCGGAGAUCCCGCACCUAGUGCGCAGACCUAUCAGUGCCAACACAAGUGACCUAAAACAGCAUGUACCAACCCCCAGACCGCUUAUCCACUCCCAGAGCGUAAAUCUUCGCUUCUCCCCAUCUAGCGGUAAUAUCUCCUCAGGCUCCAGCUGUAAUCUAACCCCUGGCUUCAGGCCGUCCUCCUCCAUGGCUCAAAUGGAAAUCCCGCUGCAGGCUGCAUAUGAACGGAGCUUCGAUGAGCCAUCUGCCCUGUCGCCCUCUCAGAGCGGACUGUACUCGGGCGAACCAGCCCGAUCCCGGACCACUCCGUUCAUGGGCGUCAUCGACAAGACCGCAAGGACUCAGCAGCAGUACCUCCACCAGACUUCCCGGGCCUGGCCCGUGUCAUCUCUGGAAUCGCUUAUCACCUGCCCCACGUCACCUGGGAAUCUGAUCCACCAGGCAUCCACAGCCUCCUCCUACAGCCCACCUACAUCUCUAGGCAAUAUUGCCUACUACAAUAAAACCAAUAAUGCCCAGAAUGGACACAUGCUAGAGGAGGAGUACUACAUCCAGCCCCAGCCCUCCUCCCUGGGCAAGCUUGCCAACGGAGCGGCCCGUGAUCGAGACCACUUGGAGCGAGUGAGCCAGGCACCGACGUACCAGGAUGUUAAGGUGGCACGGACAAUGCCCGUGGCACAGGCGUACCAGGAGAACAUGUACCGCCAGCUUUCCCGCGAUGCCAGACAAUGUCCCACCUCGCCCAUCAAACCAAAGAGACCCUUUGUGGAGUCAAAUGUUUAAUAGGCGCCCAAAAGGGUGGGCAUAAGGUGUGAGUGACAGUGAAUGUGUAGGUGGAGGUUAUUAAAGCCAGUAUUUUGAAUAGAGGAAACGGCAUAAUAGAAACACUUUUAAUAAACUAAAAAAACAGUGUUACAGAAGUUGUGUACAAUUACCUGUGCCUACUUUAAGUCAACUCAAUCUGUUGGUAAAAACUUGGGUGCCAGACACGCUACAAAUACCCUGGCAGCUCCCUUUUGGAGCAUUGGAGUAAAAAAAAAAGUUCUUUAAAGCUCUGCACAUUAUUAGAAAGCACAUUUAUUGACGUUCCGCAACAGAGGCCGACACACAGAGGAAUAGUGUGUCUUGCCAUCGUUCCCAGCACUAAAGCGGAAACGCAACUGGCAAUCUGUGUUGAACUCAUUCCCUCUCUCACUUAAUCCUUCUCUCUCUCUUCCCAAUGAAACUAAACUAAUUUGCUAGGCUUUCUGGACAUCAUAUUGUUGAAUUGUUCAAUACUGUAAAAAGUGCAAAUCUGUUUCAAAAAAAUUAAGUUGUAGUUAUAGAUAUAUUUAUAAUUAAGUUAUAUGAUGUAUAGAAAUAUUAAAGCGGAUUUUGUGUCAGGUUUAUUUUGUUUUCUCUUUAAUUUUGUAUCUAUUGAUUUGGACUUUUGGAAAUGGUAUCAGAUAUUUUCAAAAUAAUGAUUCAGAGUUUAUUGACUGGAGAUUAUUAUCUUUACAGUUAUUACCUUACAGUUCUGGCUCCCGAGCAGAAACAUUGCUUGUGUCAAAAUUCACAGAUGUAGAGUGGCAAUAAUAUUAGUUCAAAGCACUUUCGUGGGAAUAAGCUUAAUGUGAUUUUCAAGUAACCCUCGCAUUUUGUGGAUACCGCUAAGUCUUUAUUUACAAAAUGAAAAAAUGAUUUACAAAGUACUGGAGUGCCAAUCCAGACGUAUUUAAAGUGGAGGAAUGUAUCACACCAUAGACGUCUUAUGAACUCUACAGUAUACAACGCAACAAAGUUUCAGGGGCGUUUGCAAGGUAGUAAUAUAAUUUCUUCUCUUUUUUCUGUUUCUUUAUUGUUCUAAGAAAUGGAAUCUUGCAUUGUCACAAAGAAGCAUUAGUAUAUCAAGUGAAGUAUGUUUGUUUUAACUUUUAUUCGUAACUUUGGUCUGUCUGUGACAUUAUGACGAAAGAGAGCACUUUAUUCAUUUGUAAGGAUUAUAUGGAAUGUGAAUAUUAUAUGUGUUUUUUUGUUUUGCUUUGUUUUUGGAUCUGGGAUGGGAAAUCAAACGUUACUAACGGACGUUCAGUGGACGCUGGAAAAUAACCUGUGAUUAGUUGUACUACUAGAAAUCAAAUAGCAGUUAUUGUCCUUGGUGCAAUUCUAAUUUUUCAAGCAAAUGAAUGAACAAUGAUAUAAAAGAGCAAAAUUAUGUUUUUAAAAAGUGUAUAUAACAGCCUUUAUAGAGCGCAGUGUACUUGCUGUAUAUAGUGGCCAAAUGUGUUCAUGCAUACACAAUCCUGCUCUCCUCUGCAAACGCGUCACCAAAUGCAGCGUGAGAAAGACUUGAUGAACCUCACGCGUCUAACACAGUUCAGUGGCGUCACACAUACCGAAAAGCAAACCAGCCGUUUUGAAAUAGUGCAUUUGUCGUGUAAAAAUACAAUAUUGAGCUAGUUCCUUUUGAGGUUCUCUGCUUCAGAAUACAAUAUUAUUAACAUGCGGAGCUUAAAUGUGGCUUUGGUCAGAUCUUCUCAACAAAUAGAGUAUAUGGACAGAUAUCUAGACAGCUUGUCUUAAAGGCAACCAUACUCACCUUCCUAUUGCUGUAAGUGUGAAAGCUUGAAUCGAGAAAUGCCUCAUGGUCAACUUUUGGGAAAAGCUAAAUAAAUAACACUUGGGAACACAGGUGACUCUGAUGUGUGGUUUUUAUGUGCAAGAACAUAACCUGACGCAUGAUUUAUCCUCCAUUCCCCUCUGAAAUCGACAUACACAGACGAUUCGUGAAUCUGCCGUAUGUCUAGGAACUAAACCGAAAUAAAGUUCACACCUGACGAAAAAAUAAAUCUCCACCAAACUCAACAGGAGAGAUGUGACAUUUACCUCUGAAGGGUUUGGCCAUUUUUUUAUCUUUCAGUUGGAUUUGAGUUGAUUUUCAUGCACUUGCUUGCUAAGCAGA